GGGGACCCGGCGACGUCGGAGGCUCUACCACGGACCCAGGCUGCAGCCCCCACCCCCGCACGGCUGACGCGCCCCGGAAUCCCUUCCGGCUCACAUUCUAGCCCCUAGUCCUGCUGGGUGCGGUGAGGCGGCUGCAGAGAGGAGGAGAGCAGGAGGAGAGCAGGUCCACACCUCUGCUUCCACAAUCAGAAGUCAGCAAGAUGCCCAUCUGUGAAAAAGCUCCCCCUAAGAUGACGGCAAAAAGUCCGGGCAGUGAGGAGGAGCCUGGGCUGCCCAAACUCCCUGUGCCCCCGCUGCAGCGGACCCUGGCCACCUACCUGCGGUGCAUGCAGCACCUGGUGCCCCAGGAGCAGUUCAGGCGGAGCCAGGCCGUCGUGCAGCAGUUUGGGGCCCCUGGUGGCCUCGGCGAGACCCUGCAGCAGAAGCUCCUAGAACGGCAGGAGAAGACUGCCAACUGGGUGUCCGAGUACUGGCUGAACGACAUGUAUCUCAAUAAUCGCCUGGCCCUGCCUGUCAACUCCAGCCCAGCUGUGAUCUUUGCCCGGCAGCACUUCCAAGACACCAAUGACCAGCUAAGGUUUGCAGCCAACCUCAUCUCCGGUGUGCUCAGCUACAAGGCCCUGCUGGACAGCCACUCCAUCCCCACUGACAGUGCCAAGGGCCAGCUCUCAGGGCAGCCGCUCUGUAUGAAGCAAUACUAUGCGCUCUUCUCCUCCUACCGGCUCCCCGGCCAUACCCAGGACACGCUGGUGGCCCAGAAGAGCAGUGUCAUGCCCGAGCCGGAGCACGUCAUUGUGGCCUGCUGCAACCAGUUCUUUGUCUUGGAUGUUGUGAUUAAUUUCCGCCGUCUCAGUGAGGGGGAUCUGUUCACUCAGUUGAGAAAGAUAGUCAGAAUGGCUUCCAACGAGGAUGAACGCUUGCCUCCAAUCGGCCUGCUGACAUCAGACGGGAGGAGCGAGUGGACUGAGGCCAGGACGGUCCUCAUGAAAGACUCCACCAACCGGGACUCUCUGGAUAUGAUCGAGCGCUGCAUCUGCCUGGUGUGCCUGGAUGCCCCCGGAGGCAUGGAGCUCAGUGACACCAACCGGGCGCUCCAACUCCUCCACGGCGGAGGCUGCAGCAAGAACGGGGCCAACCGCUGGUACGACAAGUCCCUGCAGUUCGUGGUGGGCCGAGACGGCACCUGUGGCGUGGUGUGUGAACACUCCCCUUUCGACGGCAUCGUCCUGGUGCAGUGCACAGAGCAUCUGCUCAAGCACAUGGUGAAGACCAGCAAGAAGAUGGUCCGAGCUGACUCGGUCAGCGAGCUCCCAGCACCCAGGAGGCUGAGGUGGAAAUGCUCCCCGGAAAUUCAAGGCCUCUUAGCCUCCUCAGCAGAAAAACUUCAACAAAUAGUAAAGAAUCUCGACUUCACCGUUUAUAAGUUUGACAACUAUGGGAAAACAUUCAUUAAGCAACAGAAAUGCAGCCCUGAUGCCUUUAUUCAGGUGGCCCUCCAGCUGGCCUUCUACAGGCUCCACGGGAAACUUGUGCCCACCUACGAGAGCGCGUCCAUCCGCCGGUUCCAUGAGGGACGGGUAGACAACAUUCGAUCGGCCACUCCGGAGGCGCUGCGUUUUGUGAAAGCCAUCGCUGACCACCACACAGCCGCCGUGCCGGAUUCGGAGAAGCUGCUGCUCCUGAAGGAUGCCAUCCGAGCCCAGACGGAGUACACAGUCAUGGCCAUAACAGGGAUGGCCAUCGACAACCACCUGCUGGGGCUGCGGGAGCUGGCCCGGGAAAUGUGCAAAGAACUGCCCGAGAUGUUCACGGAUGAAACAUACCUGAUGAGCAACCGGUUUGUCCUCUCCACCAGCCAGGUACCCACCACCAUGGAGAUGUUUUGCUGCUAUGGUCCCGUGGUACCCAAUGGGUACGGUGCCUGCUACAACCCCCAGCCAGAGAACAUCCUUUUCUGCAUCUCCAGCUUCCACAACUGCAAGGAGACAUCAUCAACCAAGUUUGCAAAAGCUGUGGAAGAAAGCCUCCUUGAAAUGAGAUGCCUCUGCAGCCUGCCACUGUCUGCCACAGCCAAGCCACCGGCGACAAAGGAAAAAGUAACAAGGCCCAGUCAGGGGCACCAACCUUGAUGGCUGCUGCCACCACGUUUCAACUCCUCAACCCAGCAUUCUGCAGCUGCCAGACCC